GCCUGGGCGAAUCGUAUGCAAGCCCAGCUAGUAGCGGCUCGCUGGUUGGCUGUGGGUUUUGCGAGGCUGUCCAAUGGAAGGUUGCUGCCUUUUACGAACUGCAACAGAGUUGUAUCUGGAAAUCGAUCAACCAAAAAUACACAGGCCAGGCCGAGCAAAACAAGAGAAGGCGACAGGUACCGGACCCAGACAAGUGAAACGACCUGCAGAACCGGGUUGCCGGGGCCGUGCAGCGGGCGGAGCCAGAUCAAUUGUGCAAUAGUAAAUGCACUAGGGAAGCCCAGCGUGGAGCCCAGCAUUCAGACAACCAUGGCUUCAUCCCAUGACCUCCGGGAGCAAAACCGCGUCCCCACCGAUAAACGGAAUGAGGGGGCUUCCUUGCCGCAGACUCGAAUCUUCGGCAGGGAGAUGGGGACGGGGGGGCUGCCUCGAGAGAACCAUGGGGGAAGGAGUGCACUGCAGGGGAAUCGUCCCUCAGCCUCGGGGGCGAAGGAGAACACUGUCCCCCAGUGUCCGGCAAGGGGCAGCAAAAUACCCGUCCUGGUAAAACCACACAGAGCCAAACCCCCAGCCAACUUCACCAAACUGCACCAGAACUGGGAGGCCAACUUCCAAAAGGGGAAAGCCCUCAAAAAGAAGCCGUGCACCCAGCCCAUGCCUUUUAACCUGACCCAAAAAGGUGCCAAGACCACAGUGGUAAUGGAAACUGACUUGAGACGGCAAGCCAAAGGAGCACUGGACUCAAACACUGUGCUGCCACUUUCAAGGGUACAGAAGACUCCUGACAAAGACAAGACAGUUCACGACUUGACGAGGAACCCAGUUCAACCGAACCAUGAAGCCCACGAAACACUAUUGGCCACUAAUGCAGCACACAGUGAACAGCCGGUGCGGAUUAUAGCUGCCAGUCCUGAUGAAGCUGUUGCCACACACAGUAAUGCAGCACGUCGCGUGGCAGUAGCCUUUCACACAAACCCUGCCGGCAUGGAACAGAAUGGCUUGUCGCAGCACAACCAGCCACAGUCGAUUCCCUUCAGACUUGACCAGCUACCACAUGUGGCUUUGGAAACCACAAUAAACAGGAAUAAAGCUGCCCUGGCACCCCACACCCCCACACACUCCAGAAACCAGCCCCCCAGAGCGACUGUGGAGCCCAGAGGUGGCAUAGAACCAUGUUUCCCCAGGGAUCACAAAAGCAGCGCGCGCUGCAGUCAGGAUGUGAUUCCAGGUCUGGGGGAGGCAGCAGAGGGUUCCAGGGGACAGCCGUCUGCGUCUGAUGCCCCCAAGCCACUUGAGCACAACAGUCUAGAUUCUGCUGUUCCAGAUUCAGGAGAUCAGAACACGUCUCUGAAACAGAGACCCUCCCCGACACACCCUGCCCCCCCUCCUCAGAAAGCUGGCGCCGCGGUAAAGGAUGGUGAAGCUUCAGUGGAGGAUUUCGUCCCCGAUCCUGCAGCUCUGGCCAGUAUCCUGCAGAACCUGGGACUGAAACCAGGGGGCGCUGCGCCCAGCGGCUCGGCGUCUCGAGCACCCACACUGGGCAGGGGCUCGCUGUACCUGCCCCAGAGAGUAACUAUGUCUGUCCGAGCAAAAGGUUUUGAUCGGCACAUGACUCCCGGCCAGGCGAAUCAGAACUCCCAUCGGACCUCAGUGUGGACCCCGCAGAGAGUGCUGGACACCAGGCCCCAGUCCACGAGGAAGCUGUCGAGUAUGCAGAGACCCUGUGCCUUCAGAGGCACUCCAGUGCAGACUCCAUCCCAGCAGCGAAUGGCCUGGAUGAAUGCUGUGACGAACAAGCUGCGGAAUACGAAUGGAUCCCCUUGCAUGGAGCACGUGGCUAUGAGGCUCUUUGAGAAACCUGAAGAGGGGGACGGACAGCUGGACACGCAGGUGAACAGGGACAGGGACAGAGACGAGGUGGGGAUGGGGGAGGCAGCAGAGGGUUCCAGGGGACAGCCGUCUGCGUCUGAUGCCCCCAAGCCACUUGAGCACAACAGUCUAGAUUCUGCUGUUCCAGAUUCAGGAGAUCAGAACACGUCUCUGAAACAGAGACCCUCCCCGACACACCUUGCCCCCCCUCCUCAGAAACCUGGCGCAGCGGUAAAGGAUGGCGAAGCUUCAGUGGAGGAUUUCGUCCCCGAUCCUGCAGCUCUGGCCAGUAUCCUGCAGAACCUGGGACUGAAACCAGGGGGCGCUGCGCCCAGCGGCUCGGCGUCUCGAGCACCCACACUGGGCAGGGGCUCGCUGUACCUGCCCCAGAGAGUAACUAUGUCUGUCCGAGCAAAAGGUUUCGAUCGGCACAUGACUCCCGGCCAGGCGAAUCAGAACUCCCAUCGGACCUCAGUGUGGACCCCGCAGAGAGUGCGGGACACCAGGCCCCAGUCCACGAGGAAGCUGUCGAGUAUGCAGAGACCCUGUGGCUUCAGAGGCACUCCAGUGCAGACUCCAUCCCAGCAGCGAAUGGCCUGGAUGAAUGCGGUGACGAACAAGCUGCGGAAUACUAAUGGAUCCCCUUGCAUGGAGCACGUGGCUAUGAGGCUCUUUGAGAAACCUGAAGAGGGGGACGGACCGCUGGACACGCAGGUGAACAGGGACAGAGACAAGAGCAAUACUCUUUCAUCACAUCCCCAGGGUCAGGAAGAAAAGGGAGCUAGCCGACCUCCGCAGGAGAGAGAAAGGGAGACGGCAGCUCCGGCCUUCUUCCAGUCUGUCAACAGGGAAUCCGUCAUAGUGUUCUCCCAGGGGAGGAGGGUCUGCAGGCAGGUGGAGACUCAGGAAAGCGGGCAGGCUUCUCAAGCUUCCAAUGGAGCUUUGAGUUCUGCACCCUUUAGGAGCAUUCCAGCGGGAGACAGUCCCUCUAAACUGGUCCCCUGCCCCAGCACUUUCUCUGAAACAAAGAGCACCCCCUCCACAUUAUCUUCAUCAGCACUGCGGCCAGAACAGGCCCUGUCCUGUCACUCUGCACUUUCGGGGCGGCUGGCUACUUCACAGAAAGAAGCAACUGGUGGACCUGUGGGGGUCAGGUGGAAAAUUCCGGCUGCUGCAGCGCCCCCCUGUGGCUCCUUGAUGAAACAGCGGCUGCUAGUGCAGCGCAUGCAAGACAUUCUGCUGGAUGAGGAGUGUGCCUUCUACACAUCUCGAACUCAGGACCAGCACCGCACUGCACCGCUCUGCAGAGACCUGCUCAACCCCCUGGCACGCACCUUCCACUUGCAGGAGGCCCUUCAUUUUGUCCCGAUCCUCCAGGCUGAAUUACCUGCAGCCCUUUCCUCAGCCAGCUGAGAGCCAUGUCUGCACUUCCAACAUGAUGCACUGGGGAGGGCUGGGGCCAGCUGAACCUCGCCCUGUCCACAGACUGCCAUAUAAUAAAAUGUAAUGUAACGUGUAAUGAAGCAGCCCUGUGUGGGGUAUGCAACACCUAGCACAGAAACCCUUUCUGAUGUACAGGAACUCUUGGGGUGAAAUAUUUCCUCAUCAGUAUUGCAGUGCUGUUUCUGAAUGAUGGUGAUUCUCAUUUUCGAUUACAGUGUUAGGCCUGUGACUAAGAGAUUGUUGCUACACUUCAAACAUCAUCCGUGUUUGUGUGUUAAAGCAAUCUUGGAGACCCAGUGCUUUCAGAUAUUCAAAUUUGAUACACAGCUAUUUUCAAUGAAGGAUAUAGGUUAUCUGAUGCACUGACUAAAUAUAAAACUCCACAUGCUGUUAAAUGGUGUAGUCGCAUAAUGCACACGCAAGGAAAGAGGGGCUUUUUUUUGGUGGUGUUUGUGCUUAAGUUUGAAGCACAGCUGUGUUGCAUGGGUUAUCCAGUUUGAUGAAGCACAGCUGUGUUGCAUGGGUUAUCCAGUUUGAUGAAUCACAGCUGUGUUGCAUGGGUUUUCCAGUUUGAUGAAGCACAGCUGUGUUGCAUGGGUUUUCCAGUUUGAUGAAGCACAGCUGUGUUGCAUGGGCUAUCCAGUUUGAUGAAGCACAGCUGUGUUGCAUGGGUUAUCCAGUUUGAUGAAGCACAGCUCUGUUGCAUGGGUUAUCCAGUUUGAUGAAGCACAGCUCUGUUGCAUGGGUUAUCCAGUUUGAUGAAGCACAGCUGUGUUGCAUGGGUUAUCCAGUUUGAUGAAGCACAGCUGUGUUGCAUGGGUUAUCCAGUUUGAUGAAGCACAGCUGUGUUGCAUGGGUUAUCCAGUUUGAAGCACAGCUGUGUUGCAUGGGUUAUCCAGUUUGAUGAAGCACAGCUCUGUUGCAUGGGUUAUCCAGUUUGAUGAAGCACAGCUCUGUUGCAUGGGUUAUCCAGUUUGAUGAAGCACAGCUGUGUUGCAUGGGUUAUCCAGUUUGAUGAAGCACAGCUGUGUUGCAUGGGUUAUCCAGUUUGAUGAAGCACAGCUCUGUUGCAUGGGUUAUCCAGUUUGAUGAAGCACAGCUGUGUUGCAUGGGUUAUCCAGUUUGAUGAAGCACAGCUCUGUUGCAUGGGUUUUCCAGUUUGAUGAAGCACAGCUGUGUUGCAUGGGUUUUCCAGUUUGAAGCACAGCUGUGUUGCAUGGGUUAUCCAGUUUGAUGAAGCACGUGUUGCAUGGGUUAUCUAUGCGAAUGCUGUUAUCUAUGGAGCUGGAAGCUCUUGUCUAGGUGUAGCUUGCUGUAUCCUCAAGUGAAUGGAUCUGCAAAUGACAGCAUCAUUGCUUUUUUAGAGACGACAGUGUUUGGGGUUUUGCUGCUCCAUUUUUUUGUUUCCCCGAAUCUGCUUUACCUGGAGAAUGCCAAGUACUAAGAAUUACAACCUUCAUCAAUUCUUUAAACUCUGUCAACUGCUCAUAUUUGCAGAGUAGGUGGGGCUAUGUCACAUGAUUUUAAUGGAAGACAGGCUGUUCACUUAGACUACUCACUUGGAAGGAUUACAACACCAUAAAAGCCAUUAAACAACAUAUGAAACUAUACUCUUUAAAAUGAGUUGUCUCACAUCCCUAAAACCACCUGAAUCAGGGUAGGGCUUGUGUACUCUGGUAAUUGCAUUUGACUGAUUUCUUUGCUGGUUCAGAGCCAUUGAUAUUAAUUGUCUCAGUGAUAGAAUUGGCUUCACCAUGCACUUUCUUGGAGCAUUUUUAUUUUGCAUUCAAUUCUUCUUAAACGUUGACUUUAUUGAACAGCCCUCUUGUGGCCAAACGGUGCGUCCCAUUCUUUCCUUUGUAUCGUCCUCCACGUACCCUGGUUUCUGCAAUGCUCAGACAACGUUGUGAAUUGAAUUGCACUGCAUUUGGAGAAAUGUUUUUCCUUGGAUCAAGAUCUGGAUGCACUAUAAUUUGGAACAAUGCGAUUUACACAUUUACACAUUUACACAUUCUAUCGAUUUUUUUGGAUUUAAAUGAGAUCCGGUAAAAAAAAAUCAAAUACAGUUUUCAAGGGCAGGUUUCUCCGUGUAUUUAUUUUCAUUAUGCAAGUUGAUACCACUGACCACCUGCCUUGGCCAAAGCCUCCCCUCUUGUCACUAAUCAUGUGAUUGUCUUCUUCGUGUUUGUAACUAUUUUUAUGUACAGUAUUUUGAAAAUAAUAAAGUUUAUAAUGACAUUAUA